AUGGAUUCGAUUCCUCAAUUAGAGACGAACGCACUACCCAAAAUAAUAGACGUGGAAUGGAAACUUGAAGUGUUAACAAAUACACCCGGAGUAGGUUCGGAUAAAUUGUUUUACACCGUUGUUUUAAAGACGGAUAAGGAAGAUGUUAGAUUUACCUGUGAUACACAGCAGCUUCAAGAUCUUGUGUAUAAAUUGAAAGAUUUGGUUCGACACUGUGAGAAUGUUAAAGCCGAAUUAAGUUGA